GGAAUGUAUGCAUGACACACUCGGGCUGCACACACCUCCCUGACUUUGUAGGCUCCGUCUGUGCGCUCCUAUCUGCCUGCCUGCCUUCUGUUUUCCCCCAGCUGUUCCUGGAUUGGAGAAGUUGCUGGCAACAUGGGGAACAUGGCUUGUGUUCCCCAGACACCUGGGAGAUUCAGAUACUCUUUCUCCAGAAAGUCUUCACUCAGAAAAGAACAAGAGAGCAAGAAAAAGCUGGCCGGCCUCUUCGGUUUAGAACCAGGACAGGAAAGAGAUGUCACCUCAGACAAGAUACUCCAGUAUAUUCCUGGAAAGGCUGAGUCAGAGCAGAGCAAGAUGUGUUCAGGCCUCGGUCUUGGAGAGAUACUGGUUUUCGAAAUCCUCUCACGUAAAUUCCAAGAGAAACCAAAAAGCACCAAAACCUCAGCUAACAUUAAUGGGAAUUGUCAACAUUUCCGCUGCUCUUUUUCUGCAGGUCCCUUGCUGAACCCUUUGAUCGUCUACUGCCCCAACAGGCCGGAGCUGAACCGCUGGCUUUACCACUUAGAGAAACAGAUUCAUUUAAACGGAGGGAACCUUGACUUGCCCUUCCUGGCUCAGAAUGACUGGAAGCAGAGUACCAUUGGAAGGGAACAGCUGCGAUGGUCUUUGCAGAAUGCCCCCGUGCGGGAAUGGAGAGGCACCCAGCGGGAGUCUCUGGGCGACAUCCUCUGUGUCUCUAAAGUGAAGCUGCAGCAUUUGCCAUUCCAGGAACAACAUGACCGCCUGUUGAUCCUCUAUCCUUCCACCCUGGUCAUAGUAUCCAAAGAGCGGAAUGGCCUGUACUUUAAGGGAGAAUUGCCUCUAAAUGCGAUCCAGGUGAAGUUUGAAGAAAACCAGAAGACCUCUUUUCUAAUAGAAGGCCGAUUAAUCAACUCCAUUCGGGUGAUUUGCCCCAGCUAUGAAGAUUACCAAGAGUGGUUGUACUGUCUUAAGACCGCUCAGUUCCGAAAUGCUGAUUCUUCCCUUUCUGGAUCUGAAAGUCUCUCAGGACCAAAACCACCACAACUGGGUCUGCUCUCUGGCAGCGGGAGAGGCUCCCUGAACUCUGAAGGUCGAACAAACUCCUGGGCGUCAGGAGGCAAGGGAGCGACUUCCACUCACCACUCCCAGAACAGCAUGGGCUCCUUUUCCGAGAGGCAGUCGUUUGGGGCGCUGCCUGAAAGCCGGCUGGGGGAAGACUGCGCACCUCAACCUGGCCGUUGUCCCGCAAACCCACUCUUGACGGCCACAGGGAUGCCGAAACCUGAACUGAAAAGGAAAGGAAGCUCUCGGCAGUCCAAAGGGAAAAGCGGCCAGCCAGCUCUGCAGCCUCAAUCCAACAACCCGGACUCAGAAAGGAGUCGCUUUAAACUCACUUCUGAGCAUCCCAACAGAGAGGUUCUGUCUCCAGUGUACAAUGAGCCAUACACAGCCCUGGUACACCAACAACUCCCAGCUGUUCCCCCAUUGCACCUGGACAUAAACCAUGUGAAACCGUGGAAUCUGCCAAGAAGUCAGAAAUGUAAAGAGCCAGAAAACCUGGAGAAUAAACCCCCUCCUUCCUCUCCCAUGUAUGCUGACCCUUACACCCCAAACUCUCCUUCUUCACAUCGGGGAGCAAAUUGCAACUUCCUAGAAGAGUUCCUGAAAUGCCACGGUCAGACUGGCUUGGAGCAGCAAAAUGGCUACCCAGCCAUGCCGGUGUCUGUCCCUGUAUCCCAUCAUCCUCCACUGCAGAAGAAGGACUCCCAGCUGUUACCUGGCAACCACUGGCGAGAACCACCUGCGGAAAAGAGAUUCAGUAUCCCAGGCCCUACUUUGAAUUAUUCAAUGAUGCCUCCUUCAGACCUGGAUUACUUGGCGACAAGCAACAUACUAAGAGAUGAAUUUCCCGCACCUUCCUUGCCAGGUUCAGAUGAAAGUAUCGGAGCAUACGACCUGCCUGAAAACGGACGAGAACGGCUUGACUCGUCGGCUUAUCACGACUAUGCCGAACUCCAAAGUUUCCAAAGUGACUUCAGUUAUGACAAUAUCUGGGAAGCGAGGGAGACGGCAUCCCGGCGGAUCGGUCCUGUCAACGAGCAAGAGAUUUACCAUUGCUGAAGGAAGGACUGUGACUUGAGCCACAGAGGACACUUAUCCUCUGGUAGCAACAGAAAGAACAUGGCUGCUUGCUUGCUCCCACAAUCCUCUGUUUCUCUGCCUGGUGCUGUACAAAUUGGGUAGCAAGCUUUUGGCUACGCAAGACUCAGGACUGUGGAAAUAGCAGAUGUCUGCCUCUUGAGGAAGGCAAGGAUUUCCCCAACAGCUUCUGGACACGUUGUGUUCGGUUCCUGCAGCUCACGAGUGCCUUGAAAAGAUUGUCUGAGAAGGGAGUCUGAAAUUCCAGGGGAAAAAGUCUCUCUCCCCACUCUCCCGACUUUUCGUAUCUAUUAUCUGGGGUAGGAUUUUGGACUCUGGAGGGCCGGGGCUUGAGGGCAAUACCUUGCAUAGAGAAGAUCCUGUCCCUGGCAUUUGGCAUUGAAGGAUCUCAGGUAGCAGGUGGUGGGAAAGAUCAGUCUUCACCUGGUCACCUGACAAGCAGCUGUCCGUCACAACUCUGAGCUUCACAGACCAACGUCCUGACCCUUUAAGAGACAGCUUCAUAUGUUCAUGAGACUCUUGCUAGGAAGAAUGCCUGUAUUUGUGGGGGGUGGGGAGGGAUGGGGUUGACAAUGGGGAAUACCCUGCAUGAGGAAUAAGAAAGCAAGCCAGCUGUUGUCCACAGCCUUUGAGCUGGCAAUUCAGGGCGAAGACUGGUGACUCCGUGUUGGUUUACGGAGAAGUGUUGGAACAGCUGUAGACCCAUAAACGAUCACAGCUGCUCUCUUAGUCCUUCAGUAUUAGGAAUUUGCAGAUGUGAAACAACCCAGUAGCCACAGAGGUGUGAUCGGAGCCCAAGGAAACCAAAGCACUGACUGCGAAAGGGCACGGUAUCAGUGGCUUAGGAUGAAUGGAGGAUGCUGAGCUUGGGUAUAAUAAAGAGAGUGGCCAAGAUGGGAGAUGAUAUUUGACAGCCAGAUUUUAUCCAUUUGUCCAUUCCACAGAUAUGUUUCCACCCAGGUUCCCGAAAACAUGUUUGAGUGUGUUACAAAUAUCGCAGGGGCUGGGCAGUGCCUCCAUCUUGGCUGCCACCCAGGAUAGUUUAUAACAUUGUAUUAACAAGAAAAUGUAGCAGCCAGGUCUGUGAUAUCCUUACCUAUGGCCAGCGUUGAGACAGAGGUGGGAGAAAUCUGGUGGGGCUGAGCUGAAGCAAGGGAUGGGUUUCUGGAAGGUGGUCUUCCGUCCCAGAGACAGCAGGUAGCAAACAAGCUGUCUCCUUUCCCAAGGUCUCUGGGCAGCUCUGGCUUCCCAGUUUUGAAAUGGUGCAGUAGCAGAUCUGGAAGCCACCAGCGGAUCUUCUUUACUUGAACUUUUGCUUAAUUAUUUCUCAAAUCACAGCAUCUGACAAAAGUUUACACUUAACUUCUGAGUUGGCCACUUUUAUUUAAAUAUGUAAACACGGGUGCUUUGAGGGGGGGGUCGGUGGGAAGGGAGGAGGAAUCCUAUUUAAUUUUUGUAAUCGGGGCCCAGCUGGUCCAGCGUUACCGCCCUGGGGAUGGCGGCUGUUGUAUUAUUUUAGUUCUAAGUGUCCUUUUUUUUGUACUUCGAGGAGCGGGAGGAGGAUUUCGAUCCAACAGCUAGAAGGGUGGUAGAGUGUCCAGGAGGGCUGGCGUCCUGUGGGUGCGGCUGAGAGCCGUGUUCAAAGACCAUUCGCGGAGGCUGCGUGUGUGCAUACGUGUGAGUGUGUGUGAGUUUGCAAUGGAGAAUAGGGCAAAGCUGAAAGGUAUAGAACUCCAAUGCUGUACAGUUCACUGGACAAUUUCUUUGAGAAGCAGACUCCUAAUAAAGUUAAUAUAUCUAA